ACAAUUAAUAGAAAUAGUGAAUGAACGUACAUGAACAACCUCUAAUGGAGAUGGCCGGCGCCGGUGAGCCCCGUCGUGGUGGAGGAUUGGGGCCAUACUACGAGGAAUCAUCGGAGGAGAGGAGAUCCUUCUUCGUCCCUGCCGUUGUGGUCGCCAAUCUCGUCGUCUUCGUGGUCACAAUGUACGUCAACGAUUGCCCAUCACACCGCACUCCUUUUGGGCCCUGCAUUGCCGUGAAUUUUCUUCAUCGAUUCUCCUUCCAGCCUCUUCGCCAGAAUCCUCUCUUUGGUCCCUCUGCGUCAACUCUAGUUAAAUUGGGGGCUUUAGAAUGGAUAAAGGUGGUUCGCCAACAUCAAGGAUGGAGACUAGUUACUUGUUCUUGGUUACAUGCAGGGGUUCUACAUUUAAUUGCAAACAUGCUUAGCCUGACUUUUGUUGGAAUUAGGAUCGAACGACAGUUUGGUCUUGUGCGAGUUGGGAUUAUUUAUCUCAUGUCCGGUCUUGGUGGUAGUUCUCUAUCAUCUCUUAUGAUUGGAAGUGAUAUUUCCGUUGGUGCUUCUGGUGCAUUAUUUGGAGUUCUUGGAGCCAUGCUUUCAGAACUUAUCACAAACUGGACUAUCUACUCCAACAGAGUCUCUGCUCUAUUGACUCUGAUAUUUAUUAUCCUGAUCAAUUUAGCCAUUGGGAUAUUACCCCAUGUCGAUAAUUCUGCUCAUAUUGGAGGAUUUUUCACCGGUUUCCUCUUAGGUUUUGUAUUACUGAUGAGGCCACAAAUCAUUUGGGUUGAAGAUCAUGAUGUACCUUUUGGAAGUAAGCCCAAACCCAUGUAUAAGGCAUACCAAUACAUAUUGCUAGCAAUUGCGCUGCUCUUGCUAUUAUCAGGAUUUGUUCUUGUUUUCGUAUUAUUAUUCCGGGGAGGAAGACUGAAAAAUUAUUGUGAAUGGUGUCAUUAUAUCAAUUGCGUUCCGACAUCGAGACAGACAUGUAUAGAUUGAAGAAAGAAGCCGUUGUUUUUUGAGGCAUUGGACAAGAUCUAACUCUGAAGAUUUUGAUCCACAUACAUCUUGUUAACUUUAACUAGGGAACUUUUUCCUUCCCUGUGUUUGGAUUGAAAUGAAAUUGUUGAAGAAAAAGAAAAUUACUGUGGACAUGUGUGUGUUUUGGUUGUAA